AUGACAGAUAGCAAGCACAAGGAUACACAUCCUCCUACUCUCUCAUUACCUCUUCCGCAAACUACGGUUAUAGCUCCUACGGGUGUUAUUCUCUCCCGUAAACAUGUCGACAGAUGCCGCUACUUCGCUGGCUUUACCGCUGGUUGUGUAUCUCGUACUCUAACUGCUCCGAUUGAUCGACUUAAAGUUCUUCGUCAAGCAGCAGUACCUGAAAUUUAUGGUCUUAAUAUGUACAGAAGUGAGUUUGUUUCGCUCUUUUCUUACCAUAUUAUUACAACUUUAACGUUUUGUGGUUAA